CAUGCUGCGCUGCGGCCUGGCCUGCGAGCGCUGCCGCUGGAUCCUGCCCCUGCUGCUGCUCAGCGCCAUCGCCUUCGACAUCAUCGCGCUGUCGGGCCGCGGCUGGCUGCAGUCGAGCACCCACCUGCAGACGUCGUCGCUCUGGUGGAGAUGCUUCCAGGAGGGCGGCGGCAGCGGCUCCUACGACGAUGGCUGUCAGAGCCUCAUGGACUACGCUUGGGGACGAGCGGCCGCGGCCAUGCUGUUCUGUGGCUUCAUUAUCCUGGUCAUCUGUUUCAUCCUCUCCUUCUUUGCCCUGUGUGGACCCCAAAUGCUCGUCUUCCUGAGAGUGAUCGGAGGCCUCCUGGCCCUGGCAGCCGUCUUCCAGAUCAUCAGCCUGGUUAUCUACCCCGUGAAGUACACGCAGACCUUCAACCUCCACUCCAACCCUGCCACCACUUACAUCUAUAACUGGGCCUAUGGCUUCGGGUGGGCGGCCACCAUCAUCCUGAUUGGCUGUGCUUUCUUCUUCUGCUGCCUCCCCAACUACGAAGAUGACCUGCUGGGCAAUGCUAAGCCCAGGUACUUCUACACGUCUGCCUAAUGCGGGAGCAAGACUCUGAGACAGAAGCCCCAGACCCAGAGGAGGAAACGUCUCCAAGCCACGUUGGACCUUUGCUUUGGCAGUGUUCCUAUGGUCCGACUGGUCAAAAAUGCCGAGAUAAGCGCGAAAGAUGAAGCGUCUUAGCUAGUGUUAUAAUUUCAUAUUCAUCUCUUAUAUAUGUGUUUGUGGAGCAAAAUGAGGCUUGUUUCCUUUCGCUAGUUAUGCUAACAUUUCCUUAUAUCAAAUCUAUAACAUUUAUAGCGUGUUCAUAAAAAGAAUAUGAACAGGAAACUUAAUAAGGUAAAAAUGAGAAGGUUUCUAAGAUUUAAAAAUCUGAUCAAGUUUUUGGUUUUUCCAGGUAGGAUGGACUGUUUCUAUUAAGGGCUAACGAGAAGAAGAGCUAUAUGGAGACAUUUGUAGUGACCAAUGUUCUAAACUUAAUUCAAAGUGAAAUAUAUAUAUAUAUAUAUA